CAUCGCAACUUUUAUAGUAAAAUGUGCGUGGGUAAUAAAUUGUCCAAUGCAGUUUUGGUGGUACAAAUUUUUCAAUUUAGAAAUUGGUUAUUUUAAAGUGAUACAGUGUCGGACGAGGAAAAAAUAAUUUAUUUAUUCGGCAAAAUGUCUGGAGUAACGAAACGUAAACAUGUUCUCAGGGAAAUGUUGGAAGAUGAUUACGAACUGCCUAAAGACGGCCAACAAAUAGUGCGAAUUAUUGCUAGUCGAGGUAAUAAUCUCCACGAAGUUGAAACGGCCGAUACGGAAACUGAGAAUUUUCUGGUAACUAUGCCUACAAAAUUCAGAAAAAGCGUUUGGGUUAAACGAGGCGAUUUCAUUCUAGUGGAACCAAUCGAAGAGGGCGAUAAAGUUAAAGCAGAGAUUUGUAAAAUCUUAACAGCCGAACAUAUCAAGGAAUACAUUAAGGCUGGCAUUUGGCCGGAAUGCUUUAAGAAGGACGAUAACGUUCCGAAUGGACGUUACGCAAGUAAUUAUGUUAAAAAAAGUUGUGAUGAAACAGUCGAGCAAUUCAAAGAACAAUUCAGCGAACCACGUCGUUUAUCUCCGAAUAGAAAUCGUCCAAACCUUUUAGCCGCAUUUGAAGAUGAAAGUACAAGUUCAGAAGAUGACAGCUAACUUAAAUGGUUAAAUGCUUACCAGUUUACAAAGCAAAAUGUGAAGAUUAGGUGUUUUUAAUAUCUACCGUGUAACUCGAUUACAUUUAUUUUUAUCAUUUUCUUUUUUUUAUACGCGUUUAUAUAGAAUUUUUGAACUAUAAUAUAAAAUAUUAAGUUUUAUUUUGAACUAAUCGCAUUUCGGCUUUAAUAAUGAAUUCAUUAGCUAAAAGAAAACCCUCUAUUGACAAAUAACUUGGAAUGGCGAAAAAGGUAGAAGACCAAAGAUACAAAGAUACGAGGAAGUCGCUAAUUACACAU